AUGCGCCGCAACAGGGACAAGUCCGAAAGCCCCGAGCGGACGGAGAACGCGGUGGCCGAUAGUGAACCAUCAAAUGUGCUCGACGUUGUAGUGGAAAACAAGGAUGUUGAUCUAAGAGUUUUGCAUCCGGUUAUCGGCGAGCCGACGCCGGCGCCGGUGGCCCAGAAGAGACCGUCCACCGAGAGCCUCGAGGGGAAGGUUAAGAAGAAUAAGCUCGACAAGUUCGACAUCCUGUUCGGCAACGAGGACGUGGAUCUGCGUCAGCUGCCGCAGGUGGACGAAGUGAUCGCGCCCCCACCGCCGCUCAUAACGGAGAAACCGAAAGUCGUCGAGGACCUAGACGACUCGGAGGAGUACGGACCGUCGCCCGCAUUAUCGCCAAAGAAGGACUGGCACGAGGUCAAGGAGAAGAAGGAGGACACGAAGAAAACGCCCUCGAAACUGGACCUGGUCAGGGCCAAGUUGGCGGAGGCGACCAAGGGCAAGGACCGAUUGGGCAGACCCCUGCUCUUCAGCAAAUCACCAAGCAUCGAGAGAGAGAGACGGCGUACGCUCAGUCCAGACGACGGGGAUCAGAGAUCGGACAGCGGUGAUGACUUCACGGCCGAAGACCACAAGAAGACGAUAUCCAUCAUCAUGUCCCAAGCCAAGGAGCAGUUCAGCGACGGCAAGCUCGACAAGAACCAGUACAACACCCUCAUGUAUCAGGUGCUGCAAUUGAAUGAAAAGUUAAAGCUAAAAGAGGCCAAGCAGAGGGAGUCGCUUGAGCUCUCCAAGCGGAAGCUGAAAGCGCACAUCGACGAGGAGAACCACAAAAUCGCCAGCCCCAAAACGUCCCCGUCCGACAGGAACAACUUCGGCGAUAUCGACGAGAGGGUCACGCCGUCAGUUUUCAUGGAAACCCCGCCGGACAGCCAAAACUACAUGCAGGACUCCGACAUGAGGAUGAACUCGGGCCCGCCGGGGGAUUCGCUCGACGCGGCCAAGUCUAAGGGGCUGCUGCCGCUCCCGCCGAUGAUGCCGAUGUACAUGGGCCCGUACCCGAUGUGGCGCGGACAGCUGCGGCCGCGGAUGGACGAGUUCGGACCCAGGCGGUUCAGGGGACCUGUGCCGCCCUACUUCAGGGGGAAGUUUGAUAAGAGGGCGCCGAGAAUGCCUUUCGACCCUCGGCUGCCGUUACCGCUGCCCGCCCCGAAGUUCGGCAUGUGCCAGGGCGAGAGCCCCCUCGCGCCGUACGAGCGGACGGAGUCGCCGCCCCCGAUCGGCGCGCCCGGCCACACGAUCCCGCCCACCAACUUCCAGGUCCUGGAGUACAUAGACCAGGACCCGGUCAAGACCAUCCAAAUCGACGGGGUGCCCAGGGAGAUCAGGUUCUACGGUGAGACGGCGGUGAUCAUGCUCGACUGGGACGAUCCGCGCGAGAUCAAGUUCCUGCCCGGCUGCAGGCGGGUCACCUUCGACAACAAGGACUCCGUGAUCCUCAACUUCAACGAGGGCUACAAGCAGGUGGAGAUCGACGAGCAGGUGUUCGACAUACGCUUCGGUGCGCCGACACGCGAGCUCUACAUCAACGGGAGGUGGUACGAGUGCUUCUUCGGCGGGCAGCCGCUGGGCGUGCUGAUCGACGGCAAACCGCGCCUCCUCCACCUCGAGGGUCCACUGCCCCAGGUGGACAUCGGCAAAACCAAGCGCACGGACCUGGUGGCCGGCAAAAUCAAUCUCAUCAUCAACGCCACCCAAAUGUGCCCCGUUUACCUGGACGCCAAGGUGCAGAAGGUGCUCAUAAACGGGCAGUUCUUCACGCUGCGCUUCGUCGACGCUCUACGCACUGUCCUGAUAAACGAGAAACCGUUCAAAGUGGAGUUCGGCGACCUGCCGAGGCCUAUAUUCGUCGGCAAGGAGAAGUUCUUCAUCCGCUUCUCGGCGCUGCCGCGACAAGUGAAGCCCGGUCAGGUGCAGAUAGCUGACAUGGAGGGCGUCUCUGUUCCCGCAGUCCCCAGACUUCCGCCACCCGUGGACAAGAUGUCCGUCCCGGAAAAGGAGCCCGAGGAGGCAGAAGCGGAGCCCGAGCCGAGACCGAACAAGUCACCCAGCCCCGAUAGAGAGAACCAAGGUCUCGACAUGUUGGCCAGCCUGAUGCCGUCGAGCAUGGCGCCCGCUUCGGGCUCCGAGUACAGCGUGGCGGAGCCCCUCUUCAACAGCUCCGCCAAAAUCCCCGGCCUGGAGACACCCUCGGAGGAGAAGCCGGCCAACCCGCUGCCGAUUCCCAGCAACAUCAACAUCAACGACCUGUUCGCUAAACUCGUCGCGACGGGCAUAGUCCCGAUGCCUAAGGAGAAAAAGGAGGAGUCCAAACCGGAGGACGUGAAGCCUAAGCAGAUCGAAGACAAGAGCGUCAUUCACAAAGUGGACUUGCUCAAACCGGAGACCUUGAAAGUGCCGCAGCCGGGGCUGGUGCGGCGGCUGUACGGCGGCAUGCAAUGCAGCGGGUGCGGCGCGCGCUUCCCGCCGGAGCACACGGUGCGCUACUCGCAGCACCUGGACUGGCACUUCCGCCAGAACCGGCGCGAGCGCGACUCCGCCAGGAGGGCGCACUCGCGCGCCUGGCACUACGACCUGCCCGACUGGCUGCGCUACGAGGAGCUCGAGGAGCUCGACGAGAGAGAGAAGAACUGGUUCGAGACGAACGCGGCGGGCGGGGAGGCGGGCGCGGGGGCGGGGGCGGGCGCGGCGAGCGAGGCGGGCGCGGGGGCGGGGGCGGGCGAGGCGCCCAGCGCGGCGGCGGGCGCGCCCAAGGCGGCCCACUGCGCCCUCUGCGGCGACCCCUUCCUGCAGUUCUACAACGAGGACCGCGAGGAGUGGCACCUGCGCAACGCGCUCUGCCACGACGCGCGCCACUACCACCCGCUCUGCCUCGCCGACUACAAGGCAUCCCUUGCUAAAGAGGAACAGGAAGAGUCAAAAGAAGAGGUACCAGAAGUUGAAAAAUCAGAGCCAAUAGAGAUAAAGGACACUGAAGAAGUUGCGGAUGCCUCAGAUGGUGAAUCCGACGUGGAAGUACUGGAGAUUAAAGAGCCUGACGUUGAAGCUUUGGAGAUCGAGGAGGGUUCCGAUAGCGAAUCGGAUGACGACGUGGUGCUGAAAGCGGAACCAGUGGAGCAGGUGGUGCUCGAGGACGCGGACACGGACGACGAGACGGCGGCGCAGCGCCACGAGAGGGACCGCACCGCCAUGCUGGACUUCAGCCGAGUGCGGGUCAAGCAGGAGCCCAUAGACCCCGAUGACGAGCCCGUAAUAACUGCCGAGGAGGAACGUCUUCCCACCACAAUUGAAACGACACACACGACAGUGACCUCAUCGAUAGACGGAAACGUGCAGCUGGACGCGGCGCCGCCCACCGCGGUCCUUCCCGUGGGCGGAAUCAGGAUCAACAUUACCAAGGCCAUUCCCACCGCAGUUAACAAUCUAGAGCCGAUGCUGGAAGACGUCAGCGCCGAUGAUGAACCACUCCCGCCGGGUGAGGAACCUGAGCUGGAAUACAAGCUGAAGCCGAACUUGGAGGGCGUCCAGUUCAGCAGACAACCCCCUGUGCAGAAAGGGAGUGACUUGUCGGGACUAUGCUCAAUUAUG